AUGUCCAACGAAAUUCCCAACACAGAUCAUAGCAGUUCCGAAGUUACACCAAGUCUGGAUCUAGAGAGCAAGACCGAGUUCAUUGCAACGAUCAACACAACAAACGGAAAUGUCAAUCUCGAGACCGAUUUAAGUGGCGAAGAAUUUGUAGAUGAGGAAGAGUACACAUCUGAUUCUAGUUACGACAGGCCAUCAAAAAUAAAAGAAGAAGCCAGAAGGAAGCAACUAGACUACGAACAGGCACUUAGGGAGAAAUUGGAAUGGGAUGGCACAUAUCAUCCUGGAGUCGAUAAAGAUGAUCUGGUCCAAAGUAACCAUGGCCAUAUAGUUGUUUCACAAGAUUGGUUCGACAAUGAUAAAAGCCUAAACUACCGUUCCUUCUUGUUUGACCCACGCCUGAGGGAACUCUGCCAUAAUUGUGGAUUGAAUAAUCAACAGCAGACUUCACCAGCGGGAUACACCUCGCGAUUGAAAAUUAAGUACUUAAAGGGAGGAUAUGGCUUAUGGGAAGCUGGCCCAGAAUGGUUUAUUAGAGACGAAAUUAACAAUGACUGGAAUGGCUCUGCAAAUAGUUACAAAGCACAGAAAUUCAUUCGCGAAAAUGUUCCAGAAGUGCCUCUGGUAGAGAUGCAUAGGUUUGGAAAGAAAGAGGACAAAUACGCACUUACUGUAAUGUCUCGUGCAAAAGGAGUGUUGCUUAGGGAGAUUGAAGGACAACUCACCCGAGAACAAAAGUAUAUCCUUGCAAAAGAUCUGACAAGCUAUAUGAUGAAGUGGCGUAAACUUACUGCUCCACGAAUGCAGACAGCGGAUGGAAAGCCACUUCGCGAUUUCAUUUUCAGAUGCGAUAAUGGUCCCUGCCAAGAUGUACCGUUUGAUGCAACAGAAUGGAUAGAGAAGCUCGUUCCGGCAUGGCGAAAAGCCUUAUUUAAAGCCAAAUGUUAUCGUCUGUGGGAUGAACCUCGUCCAAAAGGUCGAUUUCCAGAGAAUUGGAUUAGAGAAGUUGAUGAAAAAAUGGCUAAGAUUAAGACUAUUCUUCUAAAUGAAGGUGGGUUAUUAAACGAAGAAUUUGUCUUUACCCAUGGCGAUUUACAUGACGAAAAUAUUUUCGUCUUCGAGGAAACACCUGGAAUUUAUAAAAUAUCGGCUAUUAUUGACUGGGAAUUUGCUGGCUAUUGCCCAUGGUGGGUUGAAUGGUAUUACUGUCAGAUUGGACUUAUUGGCGGUUUUCGGGAACUCGUGAUGUCGAAGGAGCGUAGCACGACGUUAUUCAAAAUUCUAGAUGCAUUAUCUGACAUUCUGGACACAACUCGGAGUGAUGGAGAGGAUCUUUUCAAACAUACCCCGAACGACAAAAACGAGUGGUAUGGACGACCCUUUUGCAAGUGUGAGCCAUUUUGCACUCGGUAUCGAUCAGACGAAGCUUUUGCGGUGAAACAUCCGCACGAGGUAACCUUCGAUGUGACUGAAAAUUAUCCUGAUAGUUGGAUUGAAUUUCACAAGAUGUGGAACCAUCUUGUUCAAAGUGAAGGACGACCUAAUUCUCUAACAAUGCAAUACACAGGUGGGGAAACCGAAUAA